AUGACAAGCCAAUCUGAAAAGUUGUCCCUCGUCGAAGGCUCCCUAGCCAAGCUAGCAUCAUGGCCCUCACUCUACUGGAUUCUCUCAGCCAUACUCAUAUAUCAAAUUAUACGACACCUCCAGCAAAUCUUCCGAUCUGACCUACGAAACAUCCCCGGCCCUACAACCGCAAGACUCACCUCCUACUGGAGACCAUGGGUCCUCCUUGGUGGCCAAUGCCCAGAGGUGUACUACAACUUACACCGCGAAUACGGCCCAUUAGUACGCACAGCACCAAACGUAGUCUCAAUAUCUGACCCCUCCGCCAUCCCCAAGAUAUACGGCAUCGGCAGCAAAUUCCACAAAUCCCUCUUCUACACCGUCUUCGAUGUUGCCUACCAAAACUCCUUCAUGCCAAGCAUGUUCUCUGUCCGCUCCCCGCCACAGCACCAAGCCCUCCGCCGGCCAGUCGCCCAAAAGUUCUCCAUGACGGCAAUCAAGGCCAUGGAGCCGUUUGCCGAGGACGGCAUCGACAUCUUCAUCGCGGCGAUGAAGGACCUGCAGGGGCAGAAAGUCGAUUUCGGGGAGUGGCUCCAGUGGUAUGCGUUUGAUGUGAUUUCCGCGAUGACGUUUCACCGCCGCUUUGGGUUCAUGGAGGAGAGGAGGGAUGUGGAAAAUAUGAUUGGGGAUAUUAGCACGGGUUUGGUUGGUGCUGCGACGGUGGGACAGGUUCCUGAGUGGCAUGGCUGGUUGAUGGGGAGUAAGUGGUUGCCGUGGAUUUUGGGGACGCAGCCUUUCUUUAGGGUUCCUGAUCCGUUGAGAACGGUUGUCAAGUUUACGGAGGAUUGUAUCGCAGAGUAUGAUCGCCAUCCACCACAGGAGGAUAGACCGGAUCUCAUGGGCUGGUUGCGACAGGUCAGCGUCAAGGGCGAGGCCAUGCCUGAUAAAGACUUUGUGAAUCACCUUUCGAAUAAUCUUCUUGCUGGGAGUGACACAACCGCCAUAUCACUACGAGCCAUCAUUUACUACCUCGUCCAAAACCCGCACUGCUACAAGAAAGCCCAGGCGGAAGUUGACGCCGCAGAUCAGAAUGGCCAAUUGUCAAAUCACAUUUCCUACGCUGAAUGUCUUCAGCUGCCAUACCUACAAGCCGUCAUGAAGGAAGCGAUGCGGUGCCAUCCUGGAGUUUCCUACCCCCUGGAACGACUAGUCCCUGCUGGUGGUGAAGUGAUUUGCGGGCAGUACAUGAAAGAAGGUACAAUCGUUGGAAUAAACGCCGCGGUUAUUCAUCGUAAUACAGAGAUCUUUGGUGAAGAUGCCCUGCAGUUUAACCCAGAGCGAUGGCUGGGCUCCGACGAGGAACGCAUCAAAAACAUGGAUCGGAACUUGAUGACUUUUGGUUACGGUUCCCGCACUUGCAUUGGUAAGAACAUCUCCAUCAUGGAAAUGGGCAAGUUGGUUCCCACGAUUCUACGUGAAUUCGAUCUGGAGUGGGCGUCUGACGAGCCGAAUUGGCGGGUGUAUUCAUACUGGUUUGCGAGGCAAGAAGGUCUAAUUCUUCGGCUAAAGUCGAGAAUCAAAGAAGAUAGAUAG